AGUACCCUUUCGGAGCUACCUAGAAAGACAUUAGCUGAGGGACUGUGAGAGGGAGAAUGGGUGUGAUGAAACCCAGUUCAGUCUCCGCCUACUCUGCUCAGACUCUUCUUCCUCUUCACCUCAAAUCAAAGUCAUCAAAGCUAUUCAAUCCCAUCAACCUCAAGCCCUCUUCUCGAAGUUCAUUCCUUUGCCCCUAUAAAUUCAAACCCUUUUGCCAUUUCGUCACUGUUGCCUCGUCUGAGCCGUCUCCAGUUGUCCAUUCCGCCGCUCCCAAUCAGUCCCGGAACGUCAGCUUUUCUGAGGAAUCCGAAACUCAAAUCCAUGUUGAACAAGUCGGAAGCCCCUUGGUGGGUCCGUCAAAUUUUGGAUUUCCCAAGUUGAGCACAAGCGAUCAGGCCUUCUCUCUCUUGCUCUUCAUCGCUGUCACGACUACUGCAUCACUGGUAGGCUUUCUUGCUGCAGCAAUUCCCACCUUGUCUGCCAUGCGUAGGGCAGCAAUUUCUGUUGCAAAACUGGCUGAUACUGCUCGUCAAGAGACCCCUAGCACAAUGGCUGCUAUUAGGCUUACCAGCUUGGAGAUCAGUGAUCUCACCUACGAAUUGAGGGACUUGAGCCAAGAGAUAACUGAUGGGGUUAGCAAAUCUGCUCAAGCCGUGCAAGCAGCAAACGCUGGAAUUCGACAAAUUGGUUCUCUUGCUCGAGAACAGACGAUGUCAAUGAUUGAGGAGAGAGCAAACCUGCCAGAUAUCUCUCUGCAACCAGUUUUUGCUGGAGCAGCCCAAAAGACUUCUCAUGCUGUCGGCCGGGCUACGAGGACAUUUAUGAACAUCAUCUCCAAACGUGAAACUAGCUUAGAGAAUGAAGAUGCCAGUGCGUUGGAUAGUCUACAAGUUUAGGAGUGCAUAACAGCAUAAGCAGCCUCUCUCUCUCUAAGAGCAAAGCGAAAUGUUGAGGCUGGGGACCAACCAAGAAACAGGCUCAGGUGAUUAGGUGCUUGUCAAGAGGGACUUGCGAUGAAAUGUGAAGAUGAAAGAAGACACAAAUUGACAAGUGCUGCAGUCCACAAAAUUUUGCUAGGUUUUACUACGCUGCAUAUCUUCCGUGUAUAUAUGGAUUUUCCAUUUCGGACAGAAGUUAAAACUGUGAAUUCCACUUAAGCUUCAUUUUUUUUCCUUUCGGCUCCUUACAUACUAGUACAACGUUUGCUGGACUGUAGCUUUUUCCUUAGUAGCUUGCUAUUUUGAGGAUAAAAUGGAAUACUAAUAUAUUAAAGUCGUUUUCAGGGAUUG